GGGAUGGAGGUGCAAACGUGAGCUGGACAAGAGAGGAGUUAGCAAGUCUUUUCAGUUCAUUUCCCAGGGAGAGAGUGAGAGCUCUAUGCUUUAUGCGCUAUAAGGAAGUACAUUUUCUUGCUAGCAAAACCAAAACUGGCUUCGGAUCUCUGACAACGUGAAAGUAAUUGAAAGGAAAAGACAACCAUAGGAAGAAAGUUGAAAACAAGAUAUUUUCUUUUUGGCACAGAUUCUAGCAGAAAUAUUUGACUUCUUUCCACGGAACGGUACAACUUUCGGAUCCGAUGCACGUUGCUUCUAAUUCUUCCGCAAUCACAGUAAUUUAUUUAUGGUUAAAUGAAGAGAUCAAAGUGUGAAGAAAGCAAAUACUACUUAAAGGGUCGGAAGGAUAAUUUGCCAUCACUGAAGGAACAGACUUCUUGAACCUACAUGGAAAAUGUCCCUUUUAAUACAAAAAGUAGCUAAGGAAAGCUUAUGAUUAAAAACCUGCAGGAAUUUGAUCUCGGUUGUACUUCUAACCUUAAAUAGACGAUGAAGAAUUUAUUAUCUCUGCUUUGCUGUCAUUAUUCUUUGCUGAUUUUAUUGCAGUUCAAAAAUCAGGUGUACGGAAACUAUUCCCAGCUACUCGAACACCCAGGGUUCAAAGUUUUUUCAUCAGCUUCCCAUUACUGGCCGCUGGAAGACGUGGAUGGAAUUCAUGAGUUUCGGGAUACGAAUGGAGACAUUGUAGAAGGAAUGGUGAACAAAGGAAUUUAUGUUACUGAAAAGAAAGGAGUUACCUUUCUCUUCUUUGGAAGAUAUCAAAAUUCCUGCAUUAGCAACCCUGAAGUUUGUGGACCUGAAGGAGUAACGUUUUCCUUUUUCUGGAAGACUCAAGACCAACAGACAAAGUUUCCCCCUGCCUCUGGUGGGCAAGUGAUUUCCAGUGGUUUCAAAAUCUGUUCAAGUGAAGGUGAAGGUUCAGUGGAAUUUUAUACCCGUGGGAAUGCAAUGAUGAAGUGGAAAGCAAGUUUUAGUCCACCAGGUCCUUACUGGACUCAUAUUCUCUUCACUUGGAAAUCAAGAGAAGGACUGAAGGUCUACAUCAAUGGAACUCUAAACACAACUGAUCCAGAUGGGAAAGUUUUCUAUGAUUAUGGGGACCCCAGUGCAAAUCUGCUGACUGGAACAGAAGGGGAUCAAACGAAGCGCUAUGUGAAUGGAGCAUUUGAUGAAUUCAUUAUAUGGGAAAGGGCACUCACCCCCAAUGAAAUUGAGCAGUACUUUACAGCUGCUAUUGGUGUGCAGUUUUUGCUCUCUUCAACUCUUUCAUGGUCUACAAUGACAACUACUCCAAAACCUGUGCUGUCUACAAACGCCUAUCAUCCCAUCAUAACUAAUUUGACCAAAGAGAGAGGCAACUUCCACUCCUCUGACAUCCUGCUGGAAUACCUGGAGAAUGUCUCAUUCAGCUUGCCCAAUAAAUCCUUGUCAGAAAAUACUGCUCUAAGCCUGACAGAGGCAUUUUUAAAAGUUAUUGAAGACUUUCUGCUAUUACCCAACUGGCCUGAAAUACCUGAGACUGCUCACAUAUUUGGAAGCUUAAUUCAAACUAUUGACAGUGUGAUGGUGCAUAUGACAUGCAAUCUGGAAGAAAACUCGAUGUCUCUAACUGUUGAGGGUACAUCAUCCAUAGCAGACUACACUUUGGCCAAAAUGCAUUCCAAGACUCUGAAUUUGUCCCAUUAUCGCUUUCCAUCUCGAGGACAGAGUUAUAUUUCUAUUCCCAGUGAAGCUUUUCAAGAAAGAGCUUGGAUUACCAUUGUCGGCAUGUUUUACCAUAACAUGCACUACUUCUUUCAUAGUAUCAACCCUAUGGAUACCAAGAUUGCUGAAGCUGCUGCUUACAAAGGCUAUAUGAUCUCAGCAGCCAGUUAUCUCAUCUCUAUCAAAGUAGAUCCUCCUCCCAAGUUGUCCCACAACCUGUCAGGAUCUCCUCUUAUAACCAUCCAGCUCACCCACGUACUGGCUCCCAGACAAUACAGCCUAGCACUGAACAAGAGUAACAGAGUCCAUCUUUACUGUGCAUUUCUGGACUACAGCAAUGGAACUGGUAUUUGGUCUAACGAAGGUUGUGUGCGUGAGAGCGGGGACCUCAACUACUCUGUGUGUCUUUGUAACCACCUCACUAACUUCGCCAUUCUGAUGCAAGUGGUGCCUCUGAAGCUAACAAGAGAACACCAGGUGGCCCUCUCCUCCAUCACUUACAUUGGCUGUGCUCUGUCCAUCUUCUGCUUGACGAUCACGCUGGUCACAUUUGCUGUAUUGUCGUCUGUGAGCACCAUCCGCAACCAACGCUAUCAUAUCCAUGCCAACCUGUCCUUUGCUGUCCUGGUAGCUCAGAUCCUGCUUGUCAUCAGUUUUCAGUUCAGCCCUGGAACAGUGCCUUGCAAGAUCUUGGCCAUUCUCCUUCAUUUUUUCUUCCUGAGUGCUUUUGCAUGGAUGCUGGUGGAAGGAUUUCACCUCUACAGUAUGGUGAUCAAAGUAUUUGGGUCAGAAGAGAGCAAGCACUUAUAUUAUUAUGGAAUUGGAUGGGGCUGCCCGCUGGUGAUUUGUGUAAUUUCUGCAACAUCGUCCUUAGACAGCUAUGGAGAAAGUGACAACUGCUGGCUUUCCCUAGAGAAUGGAGCAAUCUGGGCUUUUGUGGCACCGGCGUUGUUUGUAAUUCUGGUCAAUAUUGGCAUUCUCAUUGCUGUUACAAGAGUUAUCUCAAGAAUCAGUGCAGAUAACUAUAAGGUCCACGGGGAUGCCAAUGCCUUCAAACUUACAGCUAAAGCUGUUGCAGUUCUCUUACCAAUCCUGGGAAGCUCAUGGAUCUUUGGGAUUCUGGCGAUCAAUGCCCACACCCUAAUAUUUCAGUAUAUGUUUGCUGUUUUCAAUUCACUACAAGGGUUUUUCAUGUUCCUGUUUCAUUGUCUUCUGAAUUCAGAGGUCAGAGCUGCUUUUAAGCACAAAACCAAGGUGUGGUCCCUCACCAGUAGCUCAACUCGCAACAUCAAUGUAAAACCCUUCAAUUCCGACAUUAUGAGCGGGAACAGGCCGGGCACAACCCCCACAAAGCUGAACACCUGGGACAAAAGCACCAAUUCAGCCAACCGCAUUGAUUUAUCAGCAGUCUGACAGCAGUGCCAGCUUCUCAGUGAAAAUCAAGCCAUACAUUCAGGACCUCUGACACAACGUCCACCAGUAUUUUCUCACUGUCAAUACCAGUAGAAAACUGCUUGUUUAGUCACUGACUAUUAGAUUGGAAAUUGCCGUAUUGUUUUCUUGACUAAAUAGCCCUAUUCUGUUUGUCUACCACAUUCUACCACUUGCCCAUUAGCGUUAUUGGUGAAAGUAAAUAGCACAAAUAUACACUGGAUGGUUUUGUCAGCAUCGAUGAAAACACUAGGCGUGCAAGAAGGGUUUACUGCCAUCUGAAUCUUUCCAGAUCCCAGAACAGAGGAAAGUCAGCAUACCUUGGGAAAGAUGGAUUUUUAAGCUCUAAAAUGAAAUGUUUCCCAUUGUGACAUUGUAAUGGGGCUCUUCUGGUCUUGCUGUGCACACUUUGUUUACACUUAUCACCAUACAGAAUCCAGUUAUUGAAGCGAAGCUUAUUCAAAA